CCAAGUUUGGCGGUGUAACCAUAACAAUCUUGUGUCGAAACAUCGAAUGCUCAUUACUUGUAUCAUACUAUAUUUGAAUAUAUUUGCUUUAUUAGUUUGUUCUCAAAUUUUGUUGACGCUAUAAUUAGAAUAAUUACGGUAAUAAUAGUUUUUAUAAUGUUUUUCUCGUUCGAGUGACCACGACGUAGGUGCGCAGUUGGUAGAGUCCAAUGUCCUCUGCCUGGUGAGUGAAGAGCAGAAGGCCGCAGCUUGGUGUAAAAAGAAGGAACCAUGGUCAACUUUGUGGCACUUGCGCGUGAGCACUGGGUGAACAUAUUGGUGCCCAUGGGCUUUGUGAUCGGAUGGUACCUUGACAAACAACAGGACCAGAAGUUGACAGCUUUCAGGAACAAAAGUGUUUUGUUCAGCAGGGAGCUGAAGCCUGGCGAAGAGGUUACCUGGAAGUAGACAACUCCUACCUUGGAUGUGUCCUGUCAUCUGUGGUGUAAAUGACUGAUUUGUGGCCCUCGAAUCAGAUUAUUUAAGAAGACUACUAUACUUCUGUUUUUGAGUUGUAUGAAUCAGUAAUCUUUCAUCUUUUGAGUUGUAUCAACCGAUAAUAAAGAUGCCCUUUCUCAUCAGAA